UGUCGAGCCGAUGGACGGAAUCCGUUUGCAGCGGAGUUUUGGUGGCUGUUCGAGUUUGGGGGAAACUUUUAGCAGGAGCUCGUGUGAAGAAGCUGAGAACACAAAAGCUGUGAGACUCUUCCUGUAAACAGUUCCUCCAUACGCCUGAGAGACAGACAGACAGACAGACAGACAGCCCGGGUCUGACCUGCAGUGAAACAGGAAGAGGAAAUGUUUCUGUUGUUCUCCACCAAUCAGAGCAGGACAGGAAGUUGCCGUGUGAAGCCCUGCGACUGCGUGUGUGUGUGUGUGAGUGAGUGUGUGUGUGUGUGUGUGUAAUGUGCGAUAACGGAGAGCUGGAAGAUAAACCCCCUGCCCCCCCGGUCAGGAUGAGCAGCAGUAGUAAAGACGGUGUCCCCAAACCACUGCCGUCUGUCCCAGAGGAGAAAAAACCACGCAAAGGGAUUUACUCCAUCUUCUCUGCUGAGAAAGCAGGGAAGCGUAAGGAUAAAGAUAAAGAGAGGCCAGAGAUCUCAAAUCCCUCAGACUUUGAGCACACGAUUCAUGUUGGGUUUGAUGCUGUAACAGGCGAGUUCACUGGAAUGCCCGAGCAGUGGGCACGGCUCCUUCAGACCUCCAACAUCACUAAGUCAGAACAGAAGAAAAACCCACAGGCCGUCCUCGAUGUGCUCAAGUUCUACGACUCCACUGGAAACGGGAAGCAGAAAUACCUCAGCUUCACAGAUAAGGAUGCUCCCCAAGUGAAGAAGGGAUCAGAGCCAGUACCUGGUGGUGGUAAAGAUUAUUUUGAUGAUGAUGAUGAUGAAGCUCCGCCCCCUGUGGUGGCCCCUCGACCUGAACACACCAAAUCAGUUCUCACUCGUCCAUCGAUGAUCGACCCGCUUCCUCCUCCAGACGUCUCCAAAUCUGCAGAUAAACAGAAAAAAGGAAAGGGAAAGAUGACUGAUGAGGAGAUCAUGGAGAAACUGAGGACAAUAGUGAGUGUCGGAGACCCGAAGAAGAAAUACACACGAUAUGAGAAAAUCGGACAGGGUGCAUCUGGUACUGUGUUUACUGCCAUUGAUGUUGCUACAGGACAGGAGGUAGCUAUAAAGCAGAUUAACUUGCAGAAGCAACCAAAGAAGGAACUGAUCAUUAAUGAGAUACAGGUGAUGAAAGAGCUGAAGAACCCCAACAUCGUCAACUUCUUAGACAGUUACCUGGUGGGGGAGGAGCUGUUUGUGGUGAUGGAGUAUUUAGCUGGUGGUUCUCUGACUGACGUGGUUACAGAGACGUGUAUGGAUGAAGCUCAGAUUGCUGCUGUCUGCAGAGAGUGUCUGCAGGCGCUCGAGUUCCUACACGCUCAUCAAGUGAUCCACAGAGACAUAAAGAGCGACAACGUGCUGCUGGGCAUGGACGGCUCUGUUAAACUCACGGAUUUCGGCUUUUGUGCUCAGAUCACCCCAGAGCAGAGUAAGCGCAGUACGAUGGUGGGGACGCCGUACUGGAUGGCCCCUGAGGUGGUGACCCGCAAAGCCUAUGGACCUAAAGUGGACAUCUGGUCUCUUGGCAUCAUGGCUAUAGAGAUGGUGGAGGGAGAACCACCGUACCUCAACGAGAACCCUCUGAGGGCACUGUACCUCAUCGCCACUAAUGGAACUCCGGAGCUGCAGAACCCUGAGAAACUGUCGCCCAUCUUUAGAGAUUUCCUCAACCGCUGUCUGGAGAUGGACGUGGACAAGAGAGGGAGUGGCAAAGAGCUGCUGCAGCACCCGUUCCUGAAGCUAGCGAAACCACUGUCCAGUCUCACCCCCCUCAUCCUCGCCGCCAAGGAGGCCAUGAAGAGCAACCGCUAAGCCCACACACACCACACCCCAUGUGUGCGUGCGUGUGUGUGUUUGUGUGCGAGUGUGUGUGUAUCUGUGUGUGUCUGUGCGUGUGUCUGUGCGUGCAUGUGUGUGUCUGUUUGAGUGCAUGUGUGUGUCUAUCUCUGUGUGUGUGUCUGUGCGCGUGCAUGUGUGCGUGUGUGUGUGUGUGUGUACGUGUGCGUGCACACAAUCAACCAAACAGCUGCAUGGUCAGAUGUUUGCUCGUCAUUCUAGUGAACACGGUGUGUGUUUGUUGCCAUGGAAAUGCACACAUCUAAAUAUUUGAUUCUAAUUAAAGUUAUUAGACCGACUCAGCAGUGUGUGUGUGUGAGUGUGUGCAUGUGAGAGAGACAGUAAGCCAGGCUAACAACUAAACACCACCGGAUAAUCACUAAUAAACAACAUACAGGCACACAACUCCUACGUGAGUUUAGACAUGCAGCCAGCAGGGGGCGCUCAAACGAGUCGUUACUGGUCAUGUGAUCGAGUGCAAAAGCAAAACCACAAACGGUUAAAGCUGAAUAAAAAUAAACCAUAUGAAACUUUAUUUGAACUCUUCAGUUCUUCUCUGGAGCAGUGAUGAGGAGCGAGAGAUCUUCUAGAAACAACACCACCAAUAAUAGUUCACAGGGGUGGUUUUGGGGGUGGGUAUCAGGGUAUUAGGGGGUGUUUGUGUGAGAGAUUGUGAGAAGGAAUGAGACCUCAGGGUGUGAACUGGACUAGAAAUAAAAAUUACAUUUGGGACUAAAGCCUGUAGGUGAGAGUCAGCUGAUGAGAGCCAGGAGUGUGUGUGUGUGUGUAUGGUGUAACGGUCUCCUGUGUGUGUGUGUGUGUGUGUGUGUGUGUGUGUGUGUGUGUGUGUGUGUGUGUGUGUGUGUGUGUUUCCCCUCCCAAUAAAAUCUUUUUUGUUCAGUAUUCCAGAAAGGCCUCCACAGUGUGAUUUAACAGAAAGUAAACCCAUGAACUGUCCAGUUUAUAAAUCUAGACAGUAAUAAAUCUCUUGUUUUGUUUUUUUAAUGAUAUUUUUUUCCCCAUCUUCACUGUUGCCAUGGUUACAUCAGACGCCACCUGAUCGUGUUAUCCUUAAUAUUUCUCUUAGAUUUUUAAAAAUUUUUUAAAGCCUCUCGUUGUGGAAGCGCACGUUGUUGUUAUUAUUAUUAUUAUUAUUAUUAUUAUUGAGAGCGUUCUAGAGCUUCAGCGUCCCCGUGUCCUCACUGGGUUCUAUAGUACAUGCUGGUCUUUAGGUCCGCUACGUCUCUGUGUGUGUACGGAGGAGAUUGUGGAGGUUUUUUCCUGUAUUGUUUAUGGGCUUGUGUUCAGAAUCUAAUAACUGUGUUUGUACAUGAUGUUACCAUCAGCAGCAGGAAUCAAGAGGGUUUUCUCACUUUUUUAUAUUUAUGUUCAUGUAUAUUUUCUAAUAUCACUAACAAUCUGCAAAUCGAACUUCUUCCUUGUUCCUUAUGAGUAAUUGUAGAGAAAUCUUACUUUCCGUUUAAACUGAACUGUGUUUGAGUGAGACUGUUCCAGGGACCAGGUUCCUCAUGACUAUCAGUGUUCUUCUCCUUUACACCACCACGUUGCCUUGUUAUAAAUAAUGAAACGGAUUUCAGAUCCAUUCUGUUCAUAAAUUAUUAUUAAAAUAAAGACCUGCAUCUGGG